AUGACGUAUAAGAUCAUUGCAAUUCCAUUGUCAAGUUCAAAGGUCAAGGCAGGUGGUAGCUGUGUUGGUGCUGUACGUACAAUUCGUCCAACAAAAGACAAAAGAUUUUUCAUACCCCAUUUGAUAGACAUUGAUAUUGGAAAAGGUGGAAUAAAAGUGGAUACUGCGGUCGGUGGUGUUAGUGUAGGGAAGGAUGGCCUAAAUGUUGACACAUUAGCCGGUGGUACAGGGAUAGGAAAAAAUGGCCUAAAUGUCAACACAGCACUCGGUAGUGUAGGUAUCAACAAGGAUGGUGUCAAGGCCAAAGUGGACACUCCCCUCGGUGGGUUUAAUGUCUCAGCUGGGAAGGGUGGCGUCACCGCUGGUGGAAAAGUUGACGUUCCUGCUGUUGGUAGUCUAGGUGGUGCCGUGAAUGUUGACAAUAGUGGUAAAGUCAGUGGCGGUGGAGAAGCUUCUGUCAAUUUCUUAGGUGUUGGCGAAGUUGGAGGUCACGUUAACGUAGAUAAAAACGGUAAAGUCAGUGGCGGUGGUGAAGUUGGGUUAGAACUUGGUCCUCUAGCUCACGCUGGAGUUCAUGUUGAUGUAGAUAAAAGUGGUAAGGUCAGCACUGGAGUUGAUGCAAAUGCAAAUUUAGGUCCACUUGGCAGUGUGGGAGCUCAUGUUGAUGUUGACCAAAAUGGCAAAGUAUCUACAGGUGUGAAUGGACAGGCCAGUUUGGGCAAGUUAGGUAGCGUAAAUGGGCAUGUGGAUGUCGAUCAAAACGGCAAAGUAAGCGGUGGUGGGAAUGGACAGGCUCAACUGGGUUCUAUUGGAAGUGUUGGUGGUAAUAUCAAUGUAGACAAAAAUGGACAGGUGUCAGGCAGUGUUCAUGGAACUGCAAAUCUUGGAAAUGCAAGUUUGAGCGGCAAUGUCAACAUGGCAAAUGGACAUGUUAGUGGUGGGGUUCAAGGUCAUGCAAAUAUCGGUCAUUUAGGAAGCGUCGGUGGCAAUAUGAAAGUAGAUAACAAUGGACAAGUGUCAGGCGGUGUUCAAGGAACUGCAAAUCUUGGAAACGCAAGCAUGGGUGGUAAUGUCAACAUUGCAAAUGGACAAUUAAGUGGCGGGGCACAAAGUAAUGCACAUCUAGGUUAUUUAGGAAGCGUCGGUGUCAAUGUAAACGUGACAAAUGGUCAGGUUUCUGGUGGGGUACAUGGGCAGGCUAAUAUUGGAUCCCUUGGAAGUGUUACCGGAAGUUUGACAAGUGGUUCAGGCGGCCAAACUGGUGGUGUAAACCUUAAUCUUGGAGGUCAAAACUCAGGGUCUCAAACUGGGUCUACAUCUGGUUCCGGUUCAGGAUCAGCAAGUUUAGGUGUAGGAAGCUCUGCAACUGGUAAACUAACGCAGACAAUGAAUGGAAUGUUUGGAAAUUUCAUGAGUGGAUCAAAUCUUGGUCUCAAUGCAAAGAUGGCAAAAGGAGGAUUGAGUAAUACAUUUGGUGGAAGCGGUGGCGGCAGUGGGAGCAGUGCAAAUGAUUUCAGUCCACAAACAAUACACCAGCAAGUUGGUGUACAACAGUUUUUCAUGCAGAAAAUGCAGCAAGGACGAAGGCGACGAUUUAAUCUGUAACUACGUGCACAAUG